UGCCACCACCAUCACCACCAACACCACCCACACCACCACCACCACCACCACGACCACCACAAAACAAAAUGGCGGUUCCCCACUUCGUGUUUCUCCUUCUGGUAGUGGCUGGCACCGGAGCAUUGGGCCAGGGGGAAGGAAACACCUGCCAACUUAACUGCACCAACAGCUCACCUGGGGACAAGAUUCCUGACCCACGAGACUGCAGGAAGUUCUAUGUCUGUUUAGCUACGGAUGGGCCCUCUGAUGUCCCGUUUUACUGCCCUGAUGGCUUAAAAUUUGACACUGUAACUAGAGAAUGCGUAUCUGAGGGGGCAACAUGCGCUUUGUGUUACCCUAAAUGUAAAUACGACUGUGUUAUACCCUCUGGCUACGCUGCUGUACGGGAAGACUGCACUAAAAUUACCUUCUGUGAGAUCGAUCCGCCUUUCACAGUGCAGUGUGGCCCCGGCGAGGAGUAUUUUGAUGGGGAAAGUUGCCAGUCAGACGCGGCCCAGUGCUGUGAUCCAUGCCUGGUGUUCUGUCAAGAGGGGAAUAUUGAAACAGCGGACCCCACCAGCUGUCGCCACUUCUACUUCUGCACACACACUGGCUAUCCACUGCCACAGGACCGCUAUGAGUGUCCUGAAGGCGAAUUAUUUGAUAGUACUAUGUCUAUGUGUGUGGAUGAAAGCUUGGCUACGUGUAUCCAGCCUUGCGCCGCGACUACUACUACUUCUACUACUGCUACUCCUACUACUACUACUACUGCUACUACUCCUACUACUACUACUACUGCUACUACUACUACUUCUGGUUCUACUACUACGACCAUUUCUUCACCAUAAAUUCUCUUUAUUUUUACGAAUUUUACUUAGAAAAGGAUUUAAAUGUCACCUCUUAGUCUACUACUACUACUACUAGUACUACUACUACUACAGGUAUUGAUAUUAGUAGUAGUAGCAGUGGUAGGCUCUAGUUGAAGUUGUGAGGGUUUUUAAGGGUGUUUUUGAGGUUGUAGUGG